CGAACCGGUUAUAUUGCGCUGGACAUUUGACCCAUAUAGAAAUUGAAAUUAAAAGCCCAGCCCAACUUAUGCCUCUGUAAUAAAAGACCACCAAACCCUAACACUCAGAUACCCGUUCUUCUCGGCGCUCGACAUUCAGGACUUCGAAAAUGCCGUUCAAGAGGUACGUUGAGAUCGGAAGAGUCGCACUUGUCAACUACGGAAAGGAUUACGGAAAGCUCGUAGUCAUCGUUGAUGUCAUUGAUCAAAAUCGGGCUCUUGUUGAUGCACCUGACAUGGUUAGGGGUCAAAUGAACUUUAAAAGGCUAACGCUUACCGACAUUAAGAUUGAUAUUAAACGUGUCCCAAAUAAGAAAACUUUGGUUGCUGCUUUGGAGGCUGCUGAUGUGAAGAACAAGUGGGAGAGCAGUUCGUGGGGCCGAAAGCUUAUCGUGCAGAAGAAGAGAGCGUCACUUAAGGAUUUUGAUAGGUUCAAGAUCAUGUUGGCUAAGAUAAAGAAGGCUGGAGUUGUAAGGCAAGAGCUUUCAAAGCUGAAGAAGGAAACCACAUGCUAGUGUCAUAUUUUUUGUUCUAAUUAUUUAAGAUUUUGUUGAUCCUGGUUGCUUGCAUUUUUUUCAUCUUGUAUUAAAAUGGCAAGUUUUAAACUUAUGCUUUUGUUUACGUUUGCUACGAGAAUGAUCUGCUGCGGUCUGCUUGGUAGAUCAAGUAUGGAACGCAUAACCAUACCACAGCAUGUGAACUUUUGAAUAUGUACAUGCAGUGGUAUUGAUUA